AUGUGGGACAAGCUCUAUUGUUCAUUUGGGGCCAGAAGAAGCAUUGAUCUUAUGAUGGAUAUCUUCAACAACUUUAUUAAGCUGUGCGGCAUGUCAUCUCCAUGGCAUUCUACAUAUCUUACACUGACAAAGCUUGGGAAUUUAUUAGAUCAAUAUUAGUCGAUUUCUUCCUAUUCAAAUGUCAAUUAAUGCUAUCAUCAUGAACUAUUAGUGACUGUCUAUCUUGGCUCUAUUGAUUCGAGUUUCGUCAAUCAAGUCAAAGGCUCAAUCCUCAAUGGAGUUACUUCUCCCACCUUAGAGGAAGCAUUUAAUGUUGUGUGAUAGAUUGCUCCCAUAUUGACCCUGGCCUCAACCCCCAUUUCAUCCAUGAUGGUUACUCCUAAAGCUUCGUCACUUGCAGUUAUCACUCCUAGAGUGGGUCCUGGUGCCUCCUCUAAUUGUGGUUGCAGACAGGGUCAUGGGCAUGCUACUCCUCUUGGCUGCAAUAGUUUUCCUCCUUGUGAGCAUUGCGACAGGAACAACCAUGUCAUGACCAAAUGCUUCUAGAAGUUUGAGUAUCCGAUAGAUUGACCUCACAAGCUUCCUCUCGAUGGUGUCUACACCAAUGUGGUAUUGCCUAUUCCUAUUGCUCCUGCACUGCCAUCUGGACAACCUGUUAGAUCUACUCCUCCAAUGAGCCUUGGGUUAUUGAUUUAGGUGUCUCAACCCAUAUGUCAAGUACAUCCUCCCUCUUCACUUGUCUUAAGACCCUCAAUUAUCUUGAGACCAUUACCAUUGCAGAUGUCCAUCUCUACUCUGUCACUAGCAAAUGGGUGACUGUCAUUACCCCUUCUCUAUCUCUUGACAACAUUCUUUAUGUUCCCAACCUACAUGUCAAUCUCUUAUCAAUCAAUGCCAUCACCAAAGCCUUUUAUUAUUCUAUUAUAAUUUUUUCUUAUUACUGUGUGUUUCAAGACUUACGGACAAGGAAGAAGAUUAGUUUGGGUAGAGAGACUGGUUGGAGCCUCUACGAGUUGGUACAAGAUAUAUCUUCAGUUGGAUUAUCUUGUUUGUUUUCUCAAAAGUCUUCUUCAUUGUUAUGACAUCGACAUUUUGGUAAUGUAA